AUAUCAAAUACACGUGUCUCUCAGCUGGCUACAAUCAUCAAUGAAACUACGGUGCAUUCUAAUCUUAUUGUGUAAUUUCAUUGUGAUGCGUGAUUACUUCAACAAUUACGCUUUAUCACAAAUAGUUUCACGCAGGUGAAUCCGACUGAAUGCAAAGAAACGUAACAUGUUGUUAUAUAAAGACCAUCUGCGCUACUAUUAGUCACGAAUGCAUAUGGUCGCGCCGGCUGGUCAAAUGGGAAACUGUGUCAGUGCGAACAUUUGUUACUUGCUCACACGUCACAGAUUACGUUGUCCGAUACAAACACCGCUAGUACUACUAGGUUCAAGGGGAGCCGGCCAGAUCGCCGUCUCGUUCGUUCACUAUUUAUAGUUCCUCGACUAUUCAGAUAUUUGCGCUCAGUGCAGAAAUGUCCGGAGUCGCGAACGACCAAAAACCCGCGCGGCGACCCUCCCAGAGAGCUUCCCGCAGGAAAAGCGCUCGGGAGAGGAAAUUGCGCGCUCGCACCGCCCCGACACUCGACCCCAGUGAAAAUCAAUGCUGCGAUCUAUCUGCGACACGGACAAAUUAAAACCAUCGACGUCAAACUCAUUAGACGGUGCAAUUCCGCGCAAUCGACACACACGCGAACUUAUGCAAUCGUUUUCAACAUCAGCCGCCUGCUUACAGUGUGAUGUUCAGUGAUCAGUUUACAGUGCGUGAAAGUGACCGGUGUGCCGUGUGUCUACGACAUUACAAUAUUACCACUUAACCAUGUUACAUUAUUUAUUUCUGUUCGGAAAACAAAAUUGACAUUGGUGCUAUUUUAAAGUGAAUGCCGGAUUGUUUUGUUUGGCAACGGGCCAGAAUGUAUUAUAACAGCUGACUGUAAACAAACAAAUUAGCGCUAGAACACACAAUAGAUUUGUAAAAAAUUAAAUACUUCCUGAUACAGAUGCUUGAAGUGAGUUCUCACGUAAAUAUGGCGGGAAAAGAUGAUUCCAGUGAUAGUGACGGCCCUAUAAUAGACGAUAACGUAAUUCGUAUACAAUUACGAAAACCGAGUCACAGAAAGUGGGAAUUGCGGACUCGAAAUCUAUCCCCCGGGAUACGAUUCCCGACUAUACAACUUUUUGAUUGCGAUGGAAAUUUACUAGUCGAAACAAAUGACGAAAAUGUGUCAAUAAAGAGUUCGGAUUUUGAUGAGUCUUCAUUAAAGGUAACACAGUCAUUAAAAGAGCGAGAUUUUCGUCACAUUAUUGCUAAAAAGCCCGUUAAAAAGCAUAAUUCAAUUUCGGGUGACAAAGUGUACACUCGAGUGUUUACAACCCCCGUCGGGUUAAAUAAUGUAAAUAAAAGCUAUAUUAUACGAGACAGUAGCAGUGUUUCAAACAUUCCAAGUAAACUCACAUUAAACAACUUAACCAAUUUACAAACAAAUAGCCUCGAAACCACCCCUUUCCAGUCAGAAGGCCUAAGUGAAAUAAGCAGUUACAAAAGUUCUGACAACGAAGCCUGUGACGAUAUAAAUCAAACGCCCAAAAAGGAGAAAAAGAAUCUUGAGAAAUAUUCAGAGAGUUUAAUUAAUGCAGCGAACACACCUUUUUCUUCCCUUUCUUCGCUAAGUGAUAAUAAUCAGGUUAUCGAUGACGUUUUAUCGAAUAAGGAAAACGAACCUUUCCUCGCACUACAUAAAUCCCGAUCACUGAAUGACGCCGCCCUGAGAGGGUGUGCGAAACGAUGUGAAAAUGAUAAUCUCUCCCGUUCAAAAUCUGGUGUUGUUUACAAUCCCCCACAUAAUAAAAUAUCGUUUCUGAACACUUACUUAAAAAGCUUACGUGCUCGAGUGAGCUCUAAUCCGGAUUGGUUUGCUCUACAUCGCCGCCGAACAAUUGAAUAUGCCCCAAAUUCACGAGCAGCAGCGAAACGUCAGGAAUUUCCUGAAAUAGUUUCGGAAAAACAGCACUCCUGCAAAGUAAGAGAUAUGACGUCAGACAAUGAAUUUAUGAACAUUUCAACGGACGACGCGGCCAAUUGCGAAAUGAAAAAACGUCUGAAAAUGUAUAGACGUGGUAUAUCAGAGAUCGCGCCUAAGCAUAGAAACACGAGUGUUUUUACGAAAAAGAGAAGACAUUCCGUGAGUGGCACGUUUCAAGUCGUUCAUACUUCCUCCUCGGAGAGUGUGGACGAAGCUGACGUAGUACUUAACCGCUUGAAGAGGAGGAUACUCAGGAAUAAGUUGAGAGAGAAAAGACGGAGCCUCGGCGUCAAGUUUCAAUUUACCGAGAAUAACGGCAGAAGGAACAGUGUCGAGGACGAAGACCGGCGCGAUGCGGGCGGCGGGGCCCCCGUAAGGUCCCGCCAAGCUAUGGGCUCGAACAUCAGCCAGCACUCCGCCAAGGGACUGAAGGGGCGGCGAGCGCGCUCUUCCGGAGACCUCUGCAAUGGCGACACCAAGAGCCAGACCGAGUCCUCCGUCUGCGGCUCAGUCGUCGGCGAUGUUAUGGGCUGGAACAGAUCCCUGCCCAACCAUCUAGAUGGCAACAGACAUUUAGCGGACUACAGCCGAGUGAACAACAAUUACGGCGAAUUUGGAACAUACAACCGCUGUCAUCCGAAGGGCGGGCGCGGUUUGCGGUACCGAGUCAGCAAGUCCGGUUCUGAUGCCGAGCCAGUGUGGAAGCUCCAAGACCCGGGCUUCGACCAGGGGUACGGCUCCGAGCGGUCCCCUGAAGACGACUACGUGCCUCCCAUCGCACCAGCCAUCUCGCUAGAAGCUUAUGAGGCUGAGCUCAGAUCAAUAUACCCAUUUAUUAAUGACGAAAACUCAUUCACCGUGGUGGUUGAAAAGGAUGGUCGCGGGUUGGGGAUGUCAGUGUGUGGUGGUGGCGGGCUGGUGAGGAUACGAAGAUUGUAUCCUCCGCAGCCAGCGUGGAGGACGGGAAGACUUGCUCCCAAAGACCUACUCCUCUCCGCCAACGGAGUACCUCUAGCCGGACUAAGUACCUACGAAGCCCUGGAGGUGCUGCGCACAGCGGCGGCGCGGGUGGAGCUGCGCGUGUGCCGGCCGCCGAGCGACGUGGUGGACAGCGUGACCCCGCCGGAGCCGCCGACGCCGCCGGCCCGCACCCCCCACCCGCCCCACCUCCCGCCCUUAGACCCCCUCAACUGUCACCCCAUGCAUGCCAGACUGUCUCAAACAACGAGCAGUGCGACAACGUCGUCGUCGGAGGGUCGCGGACGGCGCGAGGCGAGCCCCGAGCCGGACAGGCGCGACCUGCGUCUGCCGGACCUAGACAGACCCAUGCCUGUGUACGACGUGCAGUAUGGGGAGUUUGACAUUAUCAUGACGAAGGUGAAUGGUUCCCUCGGGUUUACUCUGAGGAAGGAAGACCACAGUGCUCUAGGGCACUACGUCAGAGCCUUAGUACGGGAGCCAGCGCUCAGCGAUGGAAGAAUACAACCCGGUGAUAGGAUUGUUGCGGUAAACGACACAACGAUGUCAAACAUGUCGCACGCGGAGGCGGUAGCGUUCCUGCGCGCGUGCGGGAGCGAGGUGCGCCUGCGCCUGUACCGUGACCACGCCGCAACGCCCCUCUCACCGAUGUCGCCGCGCGAGGACGGACCAACGGAUUCUGACGCGCCGAUGAAUAGGCCUAAACCUCCGCUAAGGCCUGAAGCAGUAUCAAUGCUAUGCGACCUAGCGGCUCGACGCCUCACCCCCGACGCGGCCGAUGGCUCGCGGUCACCGUGCCUCUCGCCGCGCAAGUACAGAAAGCUCACUAAGGACAACAACCAUUACGAACAACCCAACGAUGUUCCAAGUUCCAACAAAGUAGAACACGGUACGGAAUAUUCAGAAAGCGUCGUUCAGGACUCGCGGCGGGCGGUGCGCGCUGGCUCGCUCUCCGGCCCUGCACCACGCACUUGUACAAAACAAAAGCUAAGCCUGACAGUGCCUCCACACGGAUACGAGUUGAACAACUUGGACAACGAUCAACUGGAUGCUCCUAAUGUGUACCAGGAGGACAUAAGUAGGCAGCGGUACACUGAGCCAGUGUUCCCCGUAGACUCUGACGAGCCGGUGUCGAUGCCGGUGGAGAUGUUGAGCGAUGAAGCUAGAUUCAAACAUGCGAACCCAGCGUAUCAAAGCGCCGUUCUACACACAAACAGUAGCGACGGACAUACUACCAGCUCUGAUAAGGACGACGGCAACGGUUUGAAAAAAUGGAAAGGUGUCGCGCUAUCGCCUGAUAAUGAGCGUAAGGCGAAACCAGAACCUGCGGCUCAAAGCAAACCUAAAGAGAUCGAUGCCGUCCAGAAGGAGAACGUCAAACCUGAGCCACCAGAGGACAGCACCGGCGAUGAACCCACGAUAGUAACAGUGGAACUGAACCGUGGCUGGAACAGUCGGCUCGGGUUCAGCGUACAGAGUCACCCUGAGUCGGGACAGAGUUACAUCUCAGCCGUCUACAACGACAGUGUCGCUGCGAGAGACGGGCGAUUACGACGAGGUGACGUCAUCCUGCAGGUUAACGACGAAAACGUAACAUCAAUGAAAACUCCUGAAGUAAUUGAUCUGCUGCGAAUAUUAAGAGGCUCUAUUUGCAUCACUGUUCUACGGCCGCCGAACCCACAGUGAACCAAACUAUGAACCUAGAAUUAAUUUAUGGAUGAAACUCACUCCUAGGUCUACGAGAAGGCCUAGAAAGUAGUGGAUAAAAACAUUGCCUUUGACAGAGGCAAGUUUAUAUAUUAUCCUCGAUUAGGGACAACGCACUUUAGAGAAGAGUAUGUUAGGAGAUAUUAAACGAAUCUCAGUUUGAUUGCGGUGGCAUUGCUCGCCGAUUGUACCUUCAUGACAUUACAUCUGAUUGUAUCAUGCACAAGUCACGACACUCAAUCUAUCUCAUAAUAUAAUUACGUGAAGACAAUCAUUCAUCAAAUUAGAAUGUUAAUAAAUAGUCUCCAUAAUAUAUUGAUUACUUCUUUGUGUUGCUAAGUCGAAUACUAUAUAUUGUGCAUACGUAAUGUAUUAUUAUAGAGAGAUGAUUCGGUUUCAAGUAUAUUUUAUAAUGCGAAUAUUUGGUAAAUUACUGUCUCUUAUAUACCUACGUUAUUUAUAUGUAAAUUGCCGCGCGACCUGACAGAUGCCCUUUCGUUAAAGUUCCUAGUAGCGGAUCAUGCUAACUUCUGCCGUCGUAAGUUAUAUCUAUAUUACUUCAUAAGUUACCUAUAUAAAAUAAUUUAUUUUCGGAAAAGAUCUCUGUAGCUAUCUCAUAAAAAAAAAAUAUUAGGAAAAUAUAAAUCUAUUGAAAUAUACAUCAUAUAAUUUAUGUAUCUCACCCGACCAAUGUAAGUAGAUACUCAAAUAUAGUUAAUUAAAUAAUGAAAAAGAGUACCUAUUUUAUUUUAUAUGAACACAAUGAUUGAAAGGCAAUAAGCAGCUUUUAUUUUAGAUUUAAUAUAUAAAUAAAUGAACUAUGAAAACUAUGGAACUUUAAAAUUAUUAUAUUCUUAUUAGAGACUUUACAGAGUAGAAAGUUUAUUAUAAGCUAAAAGUUGAGGCGUAUGGCGGCCUAUGUCUGUGCAAAUAUGAAGUCCCUUGACUAAUAAAAAGUAGAUUAUGUUAUUGUAGAGAAUAUUGAAAUGUCAUGAAGUAUAGCAUUCCAAGAGUUUAGCCUUUGUAAAUAAUGUAAAGUUAAAAGACAUGUAGCCGUUGUGAAGUUUCAUUGCGCGCAAUUGUCAAAUGUAACAAACUGCAAGAUGUCUUAUAUUUUCUUAGUUUGUUGUAGUUCGAUUAUAUUUUGCUCAAAUAUAUAAUUGUAGUCUGAAUAUUAAAAUACGUUGACAAUUGCUCGUGAUGUUGAAGCCACGUUCUUUAACGUAUUCGUAGAUUGAUAACGCGUUCAAUAUUUUCGAAACGCUAUAUAUUUCCUACGACCAAAUUCAUAUCUCUGGUCAGUAAUUAAAAGUACAUAGUUGGUCGAAACGCGCUAGACGAACUUAAACAAAUUGUUUGAGUUAAAAUGCUAAUAAUUAUAUAAAAAUAAUGCAUAUUACGCUAUACUUCCUAUAGGCACUGAUUAUAAAUUCUAGUCAAAUCUAAAUUUUAAUUGAAAUUAUAACACAGUCAGCCUUUGAGAAAUAAAAAUAUAUAAAUUAUAUUGACGUAAACUGUAGUUAAAUUAUAUUCUUACAUAAAUAAAUAUUAUACAAUAUUCACUCCUUGAUUUCUCAUAAGGUGUCUAUUUGUUAUGAACUUGAAAGAUUUUAUCAACAAAUCUAUUUUAAUAUUAAAGAUACUAGAAUUAAGUUGAUAGGAUAAUUAUUUAGAGAAGUAUAUUAAAUCAUACCCAUAAAUCAACCUGAACGAAUCAAACAACUGAUAUUCUAAAGUUAUUGUGAUGGAAUUGUGUUAGUUUAACCAUGUAACAUAAUUUACUAGAGUUAUUGAAUGUAAUGUGCAACAAAUACAGUACUUAGGUGCGAUUAGGCCCAGUAUUGAUAUCGAAUGUAAUAUAGCUCCCUUUACUGCGA